UAGCAAGCACCUUAAAAAUUAAUAGUUUUUACAUAGCCGUUAUUCUUGCAUUAUGCCAAAUAAAUUUACUGGAAGGAUAUUCUCGGUGACUGUGGAAUAAGCCUAUCAGCUUUUCAGAAGAUAGACACUGUGACUGCUACCUCCGUAGAUACCGAUAUGUGAUACGUGGUGAAGAUACGAGCUUAUCAAAAUAGAGAACAAACUGACGAUCUUGAUGAAAAACACGAUGAGAAUGUAAACUGGAGAAAAAUCUAUUUAAAUAUGUUGCGUUUAAGAUUACUUAUUUUGCUUCAAAUAUGUGUUUUAUUGGACAUAAUAUUUUGUAGAACCAUUAAAAGGGACACACACGAAAGCAACUCUUUUGAUCAGCAUCACUGCAGCUCGCCACUGGGCAUUGCUCGAGAUUCUAUCAAUAUUCAGGUUGGCUUUACUAUUAGCUCACAAGACGAGGCUCGAGUUGAGCGUCGGAACGAGCCUCGAAACGAACUUCAAGACGAGCCUCGAGAACAACAUGUGACAGGUCAGUCAUCAUCAUGGAGCGCUGAUACUCUUCAAGACAGGUCAUAUAUACAGGUUGAAUUUGAACGCUCUAUGCUUGUAUCUGGCAUAGUAACGCAGAGAAGUUCGAACUCAGAGUCCAGAGUGACACAUUUCACAGUACAACACAGUGAAGACUGCGCCCAGUUCCGGCCUGUCACAGACAAGCUAGGAAAUAGUGUGGAAUUUGUCGGAAACUUGUAUAUAAACACGACAAACACUGUGAUGUUUGAUGACGCAGUCUAUGCUAGGUGUAUCAGAGUUGUUCCAACCAGAAGGACCGGUGAAGAUACAACCAUCAGAUUCGAACUCCUUGGCUGUGAUAAAAGCGAAUGUCAGCGAGAACUGGUUCCAAGUCACGCGGAAGAACAAUACACCUGGAAGAAGGUCAUGUUUGAUAAAGAGAAAAUCGUGACGUCUGUACAUAUUUCCAUGAUUCAUGGUGAUUCUACGGGUAUUCCAGCAUUUAUACUGGCAGCUAGCAGAAACUGCGAGUUCGGACCGCACGAUAGAAUAGAACAUCAUGGGAAAACAAAGGUAUUUACAAUCGAGCCGGGUAAUCACGACUUGCUAAUAGAAGAUGAUCCUUUCCCUAUUAGAGCCCAGUGUUUAGCGGUGUUUAGCCCUGAACCGGAACAUGUAUCUAUCCCGGAUGUACAUAUUCGUGAAGUGGACGUGGAGCGACUGCUUAGAAUGAACCCAGACCAGUAUCACGUCACCUUCUAUGGUUGUGAUGCAUUGGAUCCACAUGAUGCUCUUGACUCCUGUGGAAAGACGAGAGUUUCUGCCCGCCAUAAUCGCCGAAAGCGGGUCGUUGGCGGAAUUACGUCACUUCCGGGCGAGUGGCCGUGGCUAGUGUCAUUACAUUUUCUCAGUUCUCACGAAUUUACGGAUAAUUCAGGACUACCCCAUCUUUGCGGAGGCUCUCUCAUUCAUCCUCAAUGGGUACUGUCAGCAGCUCACUGUUUUGAUGAUAUGGCUGGUGAGGGUCUCUCAGACAAGGAAAAUUGGGUGGCUGUAUUUGGUGAACACUACCAGGGCAUCAUGGAUGGAACAGAACAGUUUGUUGACAUUGAUAAAAUCGUCAAGCAUCCAGACUUUAUCCUUGCUUAUGACCACCCAAUCUUGAAUGAUAUCGUGUUAUUAAAACUGAGCAAUCCUGUGACACUAUCUGAUUACGUAAACACUAUCUGUUUAGAACCAAACUUUACCGUCCCUGACGGUACCACGUGCCUAACUACCGGAUGGGGACUAUUAGACGUUGAUGGCGUUGGCGUAGAGCUACCAAACUCGGCCGAGUUGGAUAUCGUGCCCAGGGACGAAUGUAGAGAAAAUUACGAAAGUUUACCAGAUGACGACGAGGCGAAACAAUUUGUCUCCAUUCAGGAUUCUGUUAUAUGUGCCAGAGCCGACCAGACGGGCGUGGAUUCUUGCAGGGGCGAUUCCGGCGGACCACUUAUUUGUUACCAUGACAACCACUGGAUGCAAGCGGGCAUAGUGUCGUUUGGUUAUCAAUGUGGUGAUAUAAGAUACCCGGGUGUUUACACAAAUGUUGACUACUUCUAUAAUUGGAUAGAAAACACAAUUGAAGAAGACUUUGAAACAUGAUUUUAUAAUAUAUGAAACAAAAAAAAAAGGCUUGAAACAGAUAAAAUGAGCCGUGCCAUGUGAAAGCCAACAUAGUGGGUUUGCGACCAGCAUGGAUCCAGACCAGCCUGCGCAUCCGCGCAGUCUGGUCUGGAUCCAUGCUGUUCGCUUUUAAAGCCUAUUGAAACUGGAGAAACCAUUAGCGAACAGCAUGGAUCCUGACCAGACUGCGCGGAUGCGCAGGCUGGUCUGGAUCCAUGCUGGUCGCAAACCUACUAUGUUGGUUUUCUCAUGGCACGGCUCAAAUGAUAAAGAUAAACCCAUAUAUCUACAGAAAUCUUGAAUAUUUCUAAUUGAAUAUUUACAAAAAUGGUUAUAAAAGAGAUUUAUUUUUAUUUGGAUAUAUUCACUUUCACUUUUUUUGUGUACCAGCCAAAACUAAUCUGGUGACCCUUUCUAAGUGUAUUACCGAAGACGUUUUCAGGGGACAUGCAACGCACUUGGUUAUUCUAGCAUAAAACUGAUGUUCUUGUCACUUUGCGGGGGUGUUUUAACAGGAGAGAAAACGUAUGUUAACAGAGAGAUUCUCGCGUUCACGUGCUGUUAAAACACAUUUUUAUAUAUGCGCGUUCCGUGGCAAAGCGUAAAGACAUUACGGCCCCAAAUCGGAUAAUUCAAAAGGAUAUGACGUCAACGUCAAAAAACAACGUAGAAGUUCCCACGCAUGUCCUGGAAAUUUAAUGAUGUUAAUUGAUUAAGGGAUAAUUUAUUCGUUUAUUAGUUUUUACGCGUUUUAUGCUAGAAUAACGUUAACGCAUGUUCAUUUUGUGUUGUAACAUCUUCAGAAUUCCUCGGGAAACGUUGGUACCCUCGCCCUACCGGGCUCGGGCACCAAUCCCUCUGGAUUCUGCAGAUGUUAUAACACGAAAAAACAUGUGUUAUCCCUUUAUUAAAAUAUUUUACGCUGAUGGUAAAAAAGUGAAAACUGGGUAACUCUGAACCUAACUUAAAUUACAAUAGAUAGAUUGCGUUAACAGCAAUAUCGGAAUGCAAAAAUACUGGUUUUUGCUAAUAAUAAAACAUCUUGCUGAGUACGUAAUUUUUUUUUUUGUUUUAUUACGUUCACAGCACAAAUUUUCAUGUAGUUACAUGAAACCGUUUUAUAUUCCAUAAAAUUUUGAUUAAGAUUUAUAUUUUAAUGCUUUUAAAUUAUUUAAACUCUACCUAUACACAUUUCAGGGAAGUUAAUUUUUGUUACGACUCUUCAGGUGUUGAAAAUUGUGAAUUCUGAUAGAAUAUUUAGUUUACUGAGUUGUACAUAUUUUUAUUGAAGUAUAAGGCGGUUUCACGGUUUCAUUAUAGGAUAAGAAUGACUGGCAUGAUAUUGUAGACAGUAAACCAUUAUAAGCGGAUCCAGCCAAGUUUUCUUCAAUGAGCUGUAGCCUUGAACUAAUUGAAGGACAAACAUACUUUUUUUUAUUUUCUGACAUUGGGAAUUAUUAUUAUUACCCUAAUUUAAAACUCACUUGAUUAUAUCGCAAUUAUUUUGUUCUUUCUGUCCGUUUUCCUGUAUAUUAGUGCAACGACGACUUCUAUCAAGGUUACGUGUCAUACCGUUCGAAAAAUAUUAAAUCUCUUGAAAACUAACUCUUGUUAUAACAUAUUUUAUCAAAAACUUUCACUUAAGCAUCAGACAAACAACUUAUUACUUUGUAAUUCCUCCGAAAAUUCCUUAAAAUGUUGCCUGUAAAAGGGGACAUUCCUCGGUAAGUCAAAAUAAAUGACCAAUUUAUUAGACAUCAUCCAAACUGCAGUAGAAAUAAUUACGCGCAUAAUGACAAUGUUAAACUUUAACUAUUAACCUUCAGCCUGCUGGCGGCAAGUGGUUUUGCCUUUGCGACCAGUGCAGACCACGAUCAGCCUGCACGGACGUCAGUCAGUCAGUAAGUAAAUUUUCAGUGAAAAUCCCUUUGCUGAAAGCGGAUGAUGAACCAGUCCAUUUUAGAAAUUUAGCAGGGUAAAGGUUAAAUAAGAAGGCUCGUGCUUGAUACACCCAUGUUUCAUCACUAUGACUCGCCAUUUUGAACUGACAACAAUCGUCUUAGAAUGAUCAGCUAUCAUUUUCACCAACACGUUUCUUCAGCUUCAUUUGCAUAUGUAGGGUAAAUAUAAAUGGUCGAUUAAUUUAUAUGUCUGGGUUUCUCACUUUGGUAAACAAGAUCUGUAAAAUUACAUUAUAAGUAUUUCUGGUGAACAGAUUUACUUAUAUCAUGCAGGAAAUAGCAUAACACUUGUGUUUUCAAAUGAAAAAUAAAUCAAAGUUACCUUUUAUUCUAAAUUUUCAUACUCUGCGCUUUUCAAUAUACAUCUGACAGAUCUACUUGAUAGACUAUACAUAAUUUUGACAAUAAAUGGAUUUAGUAUUCAUAUUAAAGAAAAGCAAAGAUCGGUUCACAUUUAUAAUAAAGUGUAUGUAAAUAACUGUUAAAUGUUAUACAGGUAAAACGGCAAAUUGUGCAAAUCAGUUUGAAUUUAGUCUAUGUUAUCUAAUCCCCAGAUAUUUUAGGUCAAAUAAUACUGUAUUUAAAAAAUGUAUGAUAUUUAGAACUAAAACUGAAAAUAAAGAAUUUACAAUGCA